GUUCUUCUCUUUGGAUCUUCCGUCUAGAGAGGUUCUGCAAAAUUUCUGCUGCAAAGUUUUGCCUGCAUCUCAUAAAAAGACACGAAAAUGCUGAAGCAAAAGAAGUAUGACUGGAAGGACUCUAACCUUGCCUUGUUUGGCUCAGAUACCGAAAAGAAGGUAAAGAAAGAUUCAGCUGAAUCAGAGCCAGCGUGGCAAGGAGCUGGGCAAGAAGUUGGAAUCAAAAUUUGGAGGAUUGUAAAAUUCAAGGUCACAGACUGGCCUAAGGAGGAUUAUGGUGAAUUCUAUGAUGGUGACUCUUACAUCAUUUUAAACACAUACAAGAAGCCUGACUCUGAUGAACUGCUCUAUGAUGUCCACUUUUGGAUUGGCAAAUCAUCCUCACAAGAUGAGUAUGGAACAGCAGCAUAUAAAACUGUUGAGCUGGAUACUUUCCUGGAUGACAAACCAGUGCAGCACCGUGAAGUGAUGAACCAUGAAUCAGCUCUUUUCAAGACUUACUUUGAUCAAAUCCAAAUCCUCAAGGGAGGUGCAGACAGUGGUUUCAGAAGAGUUGUUCCAGACUCUCCAAAGACAAGACUUCUUCACUUCAAGGGAACAACCCUGAAAAACAUAGUGAUCAAGGAAAUUGCAGCCAAGAGGGGAAAUUUGAACUCUGAAGAUGUUUUCAUUAUUGAUGGUUUCUUUGAGUUGUAUCAGUUCAAUGGAAAGGAUGCAGAUAAAGACGAGAAGUUCAGGGCUGCCCAGUAUGUGCAACAAUUGAAGUCAGAUCGAUGUGGAAAAGUGAAGACUGCAGUUGUGUUGGAAGAGGAAAGGACAUCUUCAGAUCACAAGGCAUUGAAGAUGCUCAGAGAUGGUUCAAGUGCAAAAAGGCAAGCUCCCAAGCCAUCAGAUAGGAAAUUGUUCCAGCUUUCGGAUGCAGCAGGGAAUAUGGAAUUCAAAGAAAUUGCAGCUGGAAAGGAUAUCAACAAAUCUCUUUUCAGCUCAGAUGAUGUGUUCAUCUUUGAUCGUGCUGAUCAUUGCUUUGUCUGGAUUGGAAAGAAUGCAAGUGUCGAUGAGCGAAGAAAUGCUAUGGCAUAUGGCCAUAACCACAUCUCAGGCACUGAUCAUGCUUUCAUUCCGAUCUCAGUUGUUUGCGAGGGCAAAGAGAGUGCUGCAUUCAACGAAUCAUUCUAAGGUACACUUUAGAUGUUCCAACUCAAACAGUGAAAUGUUGCACACCAUGGACUUUUUUCAUUCAUAAUUAAUUAUCUUGCACUCCGUUGUUAACAAUUUUGAAAUUUUGAAUUUUGUAAACAUUUAAAUGAUUUACUGUGGGCAUUCCAAUCUUGUCGUUGGUA